CGCUAGAUGGCAAUGAAGCUGCAGUGUUGCGAACUGUCAGUUUGAAAAGAAAAUGAAGUUCGCUUCCAAAACAUACAUUUGUGUUCUUUUUUUCGGGUUAAGUUUAAUAUUGAUCGAUGCUACAUCAGAAUCAUUCAGUGAAGAGCUUCUCAUCAAACCAUUACCCACUGGACAUGUGUAUUCUUUUUUUCAGUUUACUACAAAGUGGGAUGUUGAUCCUUCGGAAACUAAACUGCAACACUACAACCUGUUUCCGAGAUCAAUCGGAGAGAUCAUACAAAAACAUUCUUUGAGAGAACUUCAUCUCAGUCUGACACAGAGCUUGUGGCGUACACAGAAAUGGGGAUACCCAGUAAGAUUUGCUGGUCCUGGAGCAGAAGUUUUUGCCACUUUUCAACCUCAUUUGAACAAUGACGAAGUAGAUGGUGCUUGGAUUGAUCUAGUGAACUCACUGUCUGGCCUUUUCUGCUCCUCUUUCAAUUUUGUAACUCUAACAAACACCAUUCAGCCUAUUUGGACCUUUUCUCCAGAGGGUCUGAAUUUAGGUGGAACUAAUGCUUCUCAUCAGCGUUAUGCAAACCUGCCCAGAGAAAUUGUUUGCACUGAAAAUUUAACACCAUGGAAAAAGCUUUUACCCUGCGAGAGCCAUAGUGGAUUGGGUGAACUUUUAAAUGCCAAGAACAUGUAUGACAGCAGUUACCACUCUUUGGCUCUAGAUUUGAGGCCCAUCUGCAGGGACAAAAAAUGUCAAGAAUCGUCUUUGGAAUUAAAAUUAUCGCUGUCUCUAGUCUCUGAACCAACCGUCUUGCAUGGAAAUACCUACCACGGUAUCAAUGCUGACUGGUCCUUCAAAAGUAUUUAUGGGGCCCAUUUAUUCUCUUCUUGUCCAAGAGCGACACUUUCGAAGGUUUACAUCGACAUCACUUCAAACAUUACAAGCACCACACACUGGAACCUGAGGCCAGACCCUGCAGCGGUCGUCGUCAAUCAGCGGGGAGGUAGUUCAACUCAUCUUGCAGUCUAUGAUCUCAAUGAGGUAUCACCUUGGCCCAUCAAUGUUCGAGCUGCGUACACCAAGAAACUUUCUUAUGGAAUUAUUCCACCACCACUUAUCCACGCUACUCGUUUUGUAGGAGGUCAUGGGCAAGCUAAAGGAAAGUUGGUGACUCGAAUCCACAACAACUAUUACAGCAAUGAUAUAGACAUUGUGUUUUUGGAAUUGGUGCCUUGGUAUUGCCGCGUAUUCCUCCAUACAUUGGCGUUUAGUAAUUCAAAAAACAAACCAGUCGCAAUCGACAUGCCACAGAAACUAUACUUCAGGCCUGGGCUUGAUCGACAGCGACCAAACCACCUCGAAUUGCGCCUCACUCUACCUGCGAACUCUGUCACUGAAAUCGAGUGGGAAUUCCAAAAGGGUUUCCUGAAAUGGACGGAGUAUCCUCCAGACGCUCAUCGAGGGUUCGACUUGGGACCAGCUGUUAUUUCUGCACUACUACCCGUUGCCCGCAACUGGACUGGAAUACCCAGACAUGUUUCUACUUUCGAUGAGAGCUGGAACGUUAGCCAGUCAGGUUAUUUCGUUCGUGUUCAUACCGAGACUUUGGUUGUAGCCAUGGCCACCCCUGAUUUCAGCAUGCCCUACAACGUGAUCUGCUUAGCUUGUACGGUGGUAGCUUUGGCGUUCGGACCACUCUACAAUUUAACCACUAAAAGGUUGGUUGUCAAAGAAUCGAGUGGUGGCGGAGGAGGAGGACUGAUCUCCAAAUUGAAAUCUGUUUUGGGAAAGAAAAACAGCAAUCCUGUAGAAGAACAAGUAGCAGCAUCACCGAAAGAAAAGGUUCUAGCAACUAAGAAGAAAGAUGAUUGAGUUCAGUCCGUGUACAGUAAAAAAAAGUCACUAAUUCACAGCAACUUUUUAAAUUUAA